AUGGUCUGGGACCAGAUCGAGGCCACCCCGCCUCACCUCACCUAUCUUCUGAUUCCGGCCUUCCUCAUCAGCUAUGUGCUGUUCACAAACUUCAUUCGCAACCGCCUACAUCUGAGCGAGCCGCCAAUUGCGCUGCUGCUCGGCAUCAUACUAGGACCGCAGCUUUUAGGAUGGCUCACUCCGAACUUCUGCGUGGGAGAAUGCGUAGAGACCGAAGCCAUAUCAGUACUGGGUGAGCCGAAGCACAGUGGAUGGGGAUGGGGCGACAAGCACAUUCAAGAGACGACCCGCAUCAUCGUCGGCAUUCAAGUGUUCACCGUCGGCGUUCAACUGCCCAAAUUCUACAUGAGAAGACACUGGCGCUCCGUGCUCAUGCUACUCGGACCCAUCAUGGCCUUCGGAUGGGUCGCCUGCGCACUCUUCUGCUACUUCAUCUUCCACGUCGACAUUCCGACGGCCAUGGUCGUCUCAGCCUGCCUGACGCCCACUGAUCCUGUGUUGGCCGCGAGUAUCCUCUCCAACAGCCAGUUCAGCAACCGUGUUCCCAAGCGACUCAAGGACAUGCUGUCUGCCGAAUCCGGGUGCAAUGACGGAGUCUCAUUUCCGUUCCUCUACGUCGGUCUAUACCUCCUCACGCACAGCACCUACGCAGGCGCGUUCAAAGAAUGGGCUCUCCUGACCAUUCUUUGGCAAUGCACAUUUGGAAUCGUAGUGGGUCUCAUCAUUGGCACGGCGUUCAAUCGCAUCCUUCGCAUCAGCGACCGACACAACUUCAUCGACGAAUCCGGCUUCACGGUCUUUUACCUUCUGCUUGCUGUCUUGUCGAUCGGAGUCGGCAGCACCUUGGGAUCGGAUGAUUUCUUGGUAGCGUUUGGAGCAGGUUAUGGAUUCGCACGAGACGGUUGGUUCGCAGCAAAGACAAAGGAGGCCAAGAUCGGCGAGAUUAUCGAUCUCCUCUUAAACUCGGCCAUGUUCGUUUACGUUGGCACUCUCUUACCAUUUCAGUCCUGGCAGCCGGGCCCGCUCACACCAUGGAUCAAUCCAGGCCGCUUGAUUGGCUUUCUGGUACUGGUCCUCUUGUUUAGACGGUUACCUGUCGUGCUGGCGCUCUACCGCUGGAUCCCAGACAUCAAGACCUUCCGCGAGGCACUGUUCUGUGGUCACUUCGGACCGAUGGGAUUAGGAGCUUUGUUCCUUGCGAUCGAGGCACGAGCGGUGCUUGAGAACGGCACCAGCGAGCCCGACAACCAUCCCCCGACCUACCACGACCCACCAAAUCGACGCGAGGUUGCGAUAGAGACCGUCUGGCCAGUGGUGUGUUUUGUGGUAUUCGGCUCUACGAUGGUGCACGGGUUGAGCGUACUUGUGCUGAGUGUUGCCGCGCAUUUCAAACGCGCCCCAGAGAACCGGGCGGGCAUCCUCGCGGCGGAGACGGAUCCGCUUGAAGGCAUGGAGCACGAACAGGGUGACGGAGACAGCGCUGACGAGGGCGACGACGAAGGUCCUGAUGAGCGAAGUGCCCUUUUACGUUGA